UUGAACACAUCCUGGACAUCCUGAACCAGCCCCAGUCCCGCUUCCCUCAGAUCACGGACCUGUCCUGGCUGAGGAGCGAGGCGGUCCAGGGCAGCGAGGGGGUCCAGGGCAGCGAGGCGGUCCAGGGCAGCGAGGGGGUCCAGGGCAGCGGAGACGUUGAUUCCCUCGAGGUUUCUCCCAUCAGCCUGCCUCCAACCGUCAGCUUCGUCAAUGGGAAACACGAGGUGGCAUUUGAGACGGAGCGGCCCGAGGAAGCCCGAGGAGAUCAGUUCGAGACGGCUACACCUGUUCGGGUGGAUGAGUUGGAAGAAAAGGAAGAAGAGACGGAGGAGGAGAGUGUGACUCCCUUUGACUACGGUACCAUAGACAUACACACAGAGGACACACCAGAGGAGACACCGACAGAAGAGACGCCAGAGGAGACACCGACAGAGGAGACACCAGAGGAGACACUAGAGGAGACGCUAGAGGAGACACUAGAGGAGACACUAACAGAGGGAACACCAGAGGAGACACUAGAGGAGACACCAGAGGAGACACUGACACAGAAGACAAGUGACAAAGUCCCUCAUCCUACAGACCUAAACUUGGACGUAGUACCAGACCUGGGUGUUGAUGUCUUUACUACAACAACGAGUCCUUAUGCACUCCCUUAUGUCUCGUCCCCAUCCGGCUCGGUGUCCCCCGGCGUCUCCACCUACGAGGACAUGGAAGGCUCGGCAAGCCGCGGCGCUGAUGGCGAUGCCGGCGCCGUGCAGCGGGAGGUCUCCGCGGACGACGCUACGCCCACGCCGGCUGCAGGCGGCCAGCCAGGUGCCGGCGGCGGCGGCGUCGUGACCGACGAGACAGAAAUCGGCGGGACGGAGCUUCCAACUGUCCUCCCCGACUCACAGCCCCAGGAGACCACCGCACAGACGCAGACGGAAGACUUCGAAGCGUCCGCGUCUGGGGAAGACGAAGCUUCGGGGUCAGGACAAGGCCCGGCAGAGACGCCCCGGGUGACCACCACGCCGUCGCCGGUUUAUUCCACCCGGCAGCCUCAAACUGUGGCGAGCACAACGGACACAGAAACGCCUCUAGUUGUACCGGCGGUUGUCAUGGUGACAGAUGCAGACUCAGGUGCAGAGUCCGGACAGGAAGAGGUAUUUUGUGAUCAGGACCAUCCCAGUGAGGUCAGUGUUACGGUGUUUCCAGAUGUGGCAGCGGUGUCUUCUGGACACCAAACCAUGCUCAGCACAGACGAACCCUCAGGACGUAGCCCACCAGGAUCUCCCUCAGGUGCUCCCGAUGGUAGGAAGCCUCCUGGAGACUCCCCCUCCCCCUCCCCCCUCCCCCUCCCCCUCCCCCCUCCCCCCCCCUCCCGCGGCCCGUCACCCAGCCGCUGCCCUCCACCACUUCGCCCUUGUACACCUUCGACCGCGACACCCACUCCGUCCCUCAGUGGGCUCUGACCCCGGACCCCGCCGCCCCCCCCCACCGGAGGACCAGUUCGUGGACUAUGACAAUGAGUUGGCGCCGCCUCUUCUGCCGGAGUCGCUGCCUCGGACGCCGGACGCAACCGUCUCCACGGAGAGCGACGCGUUCUCGCCGUAUUCUGUGGAGGCGAGCACCGUGAAUGUGGGAGAUCUGCUGCCGUGCUCCAGCAGCGAGUGUCAGAACGGAGCCUCCUGCUUCACCAGAGACACCCAAAACAUCUGCGUGUGUGCACCUGGAUACACCGGGCAGCACUGUCAAACAGAUGUGGAUGAGUGCCAGUCUAACCCAUGUCUGAACGGAGCCACCUGUCUGGACGGAGUCGGCUCCUUCACCUGUCUCUGCCUGCCAGCUACUCUGGAGAGCUCUGUGAAC